UUCAUAUGCCCCAUCCAUCGCUCAAUUGAUCUCCAUUGUCCAUGUCUACACCUUUUCCCAGUGAUAAAACUGCAAAGCAGGCUUCCGAAAGCGUCUCACAACCCGUCAAAAGCGCUGGAAAUCCCAGCCUUGUUGACCCCUCGGAUGCGCUAGGUUUUCCCGAAGGUGGUUUUACCGCUUGGGGCACAGUGCUAGGCGCUGCCUUGAUCCAAUUCUGUGGCUUUGGAUAUAACGGCGCCUACGGUGUCUUCCAGGACUUUUACACUCAAACAUACCUAACCAAUUCUACGCCAUCUGCAAUCGCCUGGAUAGGAAGUGUCAAUGCGUUCUUGAUAUUAUUAGUUGGUGUCGUGUCAGGAAGGAUGAUCGACCGGGGUGCAUUUUACUCUGUGAUGAGAAUUGGUUGUCUCCUCCAAUGCCUCUUCCUCUUUAUAUUGUCCCUAGCGAAGCCAGAUGAGUAUUAUCAAAUAUUCCUUUCCCAAGGGAUUGGUUUCGGUAUUGCAAUAGGCCUUACGAAUGUUCCCUCCAUCGCCAUCGUAUCGCGUCACUUCCAGCGACGCAGAGCUGUUGCGAUGGGAAUUGUCGUUGCGGGGUCGUCACUGGGUGCGAUCUUGCACCCCGUCAUGCUCAACAAUCUUAUCAAUGGAAGACUUGGCUUUGCAAAUGGUGUCCGUGCAAGCGCGACCCUGAAUGGUGGCCUGCUUUUCAUCGCAAAUCUCUUGAUGCAAACAAGACUUCCACCACAAUCAAAGGCCGUUAGCUACACACGCGUUUUGCAAAACUCGUGGAGAGAUGGUGCUUACAUUUGUGCUUCUGUAGGGAUAGCUGCUUUUGAUUUCGGAUACUUCUUCGAAAUCUUUUAUCUCCAGUUAGAUUCCACCCUGCAUGGUCUACCCCAGGGUGUUGUCUCUGCAUACGUGGGCAUCCCGAACACGACCAUCGUCUUUUCAUUAAUAUCCUCUGCUGUACUAUUUGCAAUGAUUGGCCUGCACUCGGUCGCCAGUGUAGCUGUUAUAGCUGCAAGCUAUGGGUUUUUUUCCGGAGUUGUUGUAACAAUGAUGGGCCCGUUGAUAUCGUAUCUGACUCCUGAAAGCUCACAAAUUGGCGCACGGAUAGGUAUAUCGUUUGCAUUAUCUAGUAUUGGAUCAGUCCUGGGUGCACCGAUUUGUGGGGCGUUCCUGACGUCGCAUUACAUCUGGUGGAAGGCUGCUAUCUUUGCUGGGAGCGUCGCUACUGGCGGCUGUAUCAUGUUCGUAUCCAUGCAAGUCAUCUUGAAGAUGCGUCAAAAGACUUCAAGUGUUUGCUCCAAGGAAGCUGGCGUCUGAUUUGCGUCACCCCAACAUGUAAGAUAGACCUCGUUCAUACACCGGUUCAUCACGUGAUUUUAGGUCCUUUUGGCUUGUAACUUUUCUUCAGAUCGGAUGUAGCAAAAUCUGUUCUAUCAUUCUCUGGAGAUGUACUAGAAUAUUAAAAUAGUCUACUCAGAAUCUUCAAUUUUGGCCGAGUGAAGGAGGAGUAGGCUUAUCAUAGUGAAUGUAUCAUUGUGACCCAUU